AUGAAAGGUGGGGUGGUCAUUGCAGUUAUGGUGGUUGUAGCCACGGUUGCAGUCAUGGUGCAGCCGGGCUAUGCAGUCACCUGCGGACAAGUCGAAACCUCGCUCGCUCCUUGCAUGCCCUACCUCACUGGUGGGGGUAACCCUGCAGCGCCCUGCUGCAAUGGUGUCCAGAACUUGAAGCUCUUGACUCCCACCACGACCGACAGGAGAGAUGCCUGCAGGUGCGUUAAGGCCGCCGCAAGCAAGUUCCAGAACAUCAAGGAGGACGCGGCCAGCGCCCUCCCUACCAAGUGUGGAGUCCAGAUCGGCAUUCCUAUUUCCAUGACCACAAAUUGUGACCAAAUCCAGUAAGAAGGGAG